ACCGCAAUACAUAGAUUUAAUGCGAAUUAUUUAUUCCACAAAUCAAUCAGUAUAAACGUGUUCUUUAGUAAGCACGCUAUUAUUUUGAAUAGUGUUCAUUAAUUAAUCGACUAAUUUAAUUAUUAAAUGUAAUUUCUACUAAGUACCUAAUAGUUCAAGAUGGGAAUGAAUUUUAUUUAUGUGAUAUUAAUUGUGAUUUAUUUAAUUUGUUGCGGAAGUGCCGAGCGAUUAUGGGUCACUGUCGACGAAUUGGAGAAUCAUAUUCGUAUCGAGGAUUUACGCGAAUUUCUGAAUAUGUACAAUAAAUCCGCUACCACCACCCCAAGAAGUGAUGAAGAUUAUGCCGCAGUUGAGGAAACUACAACAGCUCUACCUGUCCCCAAUAAUGUGGACUGUUUCGGUCUGGGAUCCAUAAGUCGACAGGUGCAAGCAAUCUUCAAUAUGAAGCCUGAUACAUCGGACAUAGUCAAUACUCAUUUCUAUUUUUCUUCCCGAAAUACACCGUUUAGGGUACAGGUAUAUCCUGGUGAGCAAUUUGGAUUAGAAUGGGUGGAUUUCAGACCAAGUAGGCGAACUGUGAUGAUCUAUCAUGGAUUCAUGAGUCACAGCAAUGCAUCUUGGGUUUUGGAUAUGACUAGUGCUUUUCUAAAAAGGGAGGACGUCAAUGUAAUUGCCGUGGAUUGGAGUAAGGGAGGCGAUACGUGGAAAUAUUGGAGAGCUGUGGCAAACACGAGGCGCGUCGGAUCUGACGUCACUAGGUUUAUGCGUCAGCUGAUAGGUGCGACAGGAGCUAGGAUAAAAGACUUCCAUUUUGUUGGGCAUAGUUUGGGUGCUCAUAUCGCGUCUUAUGUUUCGUAUCACAUAGGCGGUGUUUAUAGAAUCACGGGUUUAGACCCGGCUCAACCUUGUUUCCUCACGAAUGAUCACACAGAACGAUUAGACAGUACUGAUGCAGAUUUUGUGGAUGUUAUCCACACUAAUGGCAGAUUACUAAAGAAGAUUGGAUUUGGGCUGCCAGAUCCUACAGGUCAUGCUGACUUUUACCCUAACGGCGGCAUGAAACAGCCAGGAUGUUCCAAUGAAACCAAUUCAUUGUGGUCUCGCCUUACGCCUUCAUUCUUUUCAAGAUUGAAACAAGCUAUUUGUAGCCACGGACGGGCAUAUUUACUGUUCACGGAAUCAUUGAUUAACAAUAACUGUACGUUCAGAGCACAUCGGUGGAACUUGACUUAUGAAGGAGUAAACGCGAGUCUGAAAGCUCUAUGUGAUAGAGAGGGCUCAUGUGUCGAGAUGGGUAUAAACGCCGUUGGAGGAGCCGGCCUGCCGAGAGCACAGGGACCCUACUUCGUGCUCACCACUGAAAAAGCACCCUAUUGCCCAACUGACUGGGAGGUUCGUCACUCCCCAGUGGAUUUACUCCGAGAUCUUCGACAUGGGUUUAACAUAGACCGAUCGCGGCGAGUGCAGACGCCUGUUACACCCGCCUACGCCGACCCUGAGGGCGGUGAUGCUGACGACGAAAUUGUGACCACCACCAGCAAAAGUUGGUUCAAGAGAUGGUUCGGUUGAAGACAUAAAGGUAUUAUUGAACGGGGAGUUAUUGCAAUGUGUUAUGAUGAAUUGAAUAGUUCUUGAAUAAUCUUUGGUCAUAAUGAAUUAUAUUUUUUUUUAUAUUGGAUUUAUUCAAGUAUUUAUUCUCUCUAGACGACGAAGUACUUAUUAUUAAUUUUUGAAAGCGGUAAACAGUAGAUGAUUUCGUUACCGCCAUCUGAGAAAGAAUAAGACGUCAUAUGUUGCUGUCCCAUUCUAUUUCAUGCAUACGCCCAACAAAAUUGUAUCUAAUCAAUAAGUACAUUUGCCUACUGUCUAGUGAGGAUUCGAUCAAGUGUGAAAUUAAACUGGCAAUUUAAAGAAUAAAUAUGUGAGUAAAUACGAUAAAAAAGGUAUAAUUAUAAAAAUAAAAGAUGAAUUAAAAAUAUAGGUAUUACAAUUAUCACAUUUAUUUUGUUAUGCCGAGGGAGUUUACAUUUUAAUGGUUAAUAGUUGAAGUUAUAACAAAGCUCUGCUAAAGCUUUUUAGUGUUUAACUUUAACAAUAAAAAUUGAGUUUGAAUAAGUACACUAAAAUUACCAGUUAAGAUUUUAAAAACAUAUAAAUAAUUUAAAAAUGGUACAUACUGUGAUACAGAUGUUUAAUUUGAAUAUUUGUCUUAGAUUUAAUUGAAUGUUGUACAGA